AUGAUAUCAUUUUCCGUUUCUCAGGUCGGUACGUGGAGUGAUGUGAACCGGACUCUUGGUCUGGUGAAGUCCGGAAAAGACGGACCUUUCGUGUUCGGCAACAAACCUCUUCGCGUUAUAACUUUCCUGAACCCACCCUGGGUGGGCAGGAGAGUAGACAGCGAGAGUUUCCAUGGUAUAGACAAGUACGAGGGUUUCCUGGUGGAUCUGAUGAAGGGACUGUCCAAGAGGCUCAACUUCACCAUCGAUGUGGAGAAGGUGUACGAGGAUGCACUCCCUGACGCGGAAAUCAAACGGCAAUUUAACAAAGGGGUGCAUCUCGGCAUGGUGGUGAAGUCUAUGCGGGAGAUGAGACGCAAGUAUUACGAUCUUAGCCCGGAGUUAAAGGAGUUCGGCUACACCAUCUUCACUCCCAGACCCGUGAAGGAACUGACGGGUUUGUUGGCUUUCAUGACCCCACUGUCCCCGCCGAUGUGGGCCCUUUUCGCCUCGGCCAUGGUGGUGGUCAGCCUCUUCCUAACACUGGUCAACCAGUUCAACCCGUACGAGUGGAGAUGGCUGGCCAAACGAGGACAGGUGGAACCAUCCCAGGGUGGUAACUACAACGCCUGGAACAGCCUGUGGAACGUCUUCUCCUCCACUGUAGGGCAGGGCGCUGAGAACCAGCCCAUGUCCUUCGGGGGACGGAUCAUCAUCGGCACCUGGUGGUUCUUCGUGCUGGUCGUCAUGGCUUCCUACACCGCCAACCUGGCCGCCUUCCUCACGGUCAAACCCGUCAACCCCAUCCGAAGCAUGGAGGACCUCCCUAGACAGAACAAACUGGAGUACGGCUUCAUAAGGUCCUACGCCAUCAGGAGGCUGUUCGAAACAGCGGACUCGUUCCCCCUGCGGGACAUGUGGGAGAAGAUCAGCGCCAAUCCUGAUUGGUUGGUAGGUUCGAACGAAGAAGGUCUAAAAAGAGCGGCUAAAGGUAAAUAUGCCUUUAUCACCUUCUCCGGGGUGCGAUUUCGUCAAAUCAAAGAGUUGUGUGAAGUUGAAAUGGUAGGACAGCCCUUCUAUAAAUACCACGUGGGCUUCCCCAUUCCCAUUGGCUCCCCACACAAGGACAGGAUUGCUUACGAGAUUGAAACCAUGCGACAAGUCGGCGUCGUCGAAGAGUUGAGCAACAGGUGGUUGGAGGUCGACAGGGGGCGCUGUAAAGAGAGCGACCGCAAGAAAGAUAACGGCGUGUUGAAGAUGGAAAACCUACUGGGUUUGUUUGUGAUUCUGGGCGCUAUUUCGGCUCUGGGGAUGGCGGUUUGUGUCAUCGAAGUAAUCGUGUUCAAACUGAAGAAAAUGGAUGAUGAAAAUAUCGAAGAGAAACAAGACGAUAAUAACAUAGAAGACGUAAGUGAAGUCGUGGAAGAGAGAGAUGGCGCCGUGGAAGAGAGAGAGGAUGGAGUUGUUGAGGAGAGAGAGAUGGAGGAGGGGGGGUUUGAGGAGGAACUUGAGGAGAAUGUUUUUGAGGAGGACAGCGAGGAUGGUGUUCAAGAGGAGGCAGUGGUUAUAGAAGAAGUGGAGCUUAACGAUAUACAGUCUGUACAGGACUCUGCAUGAUAAAGAAACGAUCCAAUAGAAUAACAAAUGAUUCAUAAUGGUACUAGAAUAAAAGAUAAUUGCUAUGGACAUCAUAUAACGUUAUUGCGACAUCGGAGGAUCCCGUUUUAACUGAAGUACAAAUUCAAGUUCAUGAUUCCUAGUGUUAUAUCCGUAACGCAUGCAAUGCUCGACUGUUGUUGCAGCCAAAGACAAUAAGAUGUGCCUUUCGAAUACGAGACUCCGAAAAGAGUUAACGUUGGUGCAGGAUUCUCUGAUCACUUUUAAAGUCACUGAAUGGAAAACGUAGGUGAAAAAUGUCAAAAUUUUGUAUUUGUCCUCCAUUUGUAAGCAUGCAAUGUUGUACUAAUAUAUGCAUGUCAAUAGAAUUCUCCUUUAAGUAUAGAGUACAUGUACAGGUGAGUGUGAACGCCAAUACAGCGUAACUGUCACCUCAUUGUCAAGGCUCAGAGGUCUUACUAAACAGCGCUCCUAGCGGCUGGUUUGAAAGAUGCCGCUCCUCUCCCAGGGAGGUCAUUAACCCCAGUCGGCGAGAAACGGUGUAAACACCUGCUAAGGAACGUUAGUGCUCCAGGAGAAUUUUAUGUAUAGACUCAAAAAGCACAAGCUGAAAUAAAUGAAAUAGACUCAUGAGACUUGAGGUUUUUCUAAUAAAACAAUGAGUGUGCCUUGCCUA